AUGUUCAGCGCGUCCAACGCUCGAAUGCAACGCACGUCGUCCACGCCACUCCGCCGCCUCUCUUCCUCCUCUUCAGAUCCAACCCUCUCAACUCUCGCGGUCCACGCUGUGUGCUUUCUCAUCCUCGCAGAGAACAUCCCUGGAGAAGCUCAGAUCUCCAGUUCGAAUCGCGACGUCUCUGUGCCCUGUCGUUACGCCGUUGCACGCCCCAGCCUUACAUUACUACUCUCAUUAUUAAAUCGGGUACUUGCCUCGUAUCUCUCAACCAACUCCUCUCCUCUGUCCAUGGCAUCGUCCUCCCUCUUCCACUCACACUAUACCACUUCAAGCGAGGCCGAACGCACCCCCCGCUUCACUAGCCUCUAUAGCUCGGUCCUUGGCUCUCCAUUUCUGACUACCUCUGACCUUCCUCCCGAUGCCAACUACCCCAGCACGUCUGCCUCUAAUCGCGGUUCUCUUGGCACCCUCCUCAUACGCGCAGACGACGAACUUGAGCAGGUCGAUGGUGCAUUCGCCUCCGUCCCUCGAGCAUACACCGUGACACGCCCGCCGUCGCCCUCUCCCAGCUUCCAGACAGACACCUUCUCCAUAAUUAACUGGAAUCCGGAUACCUUGCCAAGUCCAUAUGGCACACCUGAUGAUAGCACACCACGCUGCAUUCCUUCGGGCGGGCGACGCACCAUAGCUGGAUACCAUUCUUCCUCCACUCCUCAUUUCCCCUCCUUCUCAGGCCCGUCUAGUCCGAGUCCUCUGAAGCCGUCAAGGAGCCUCACCCUGGGUAUCUUGCCUCGGCUCUGGGAUGCCCUGCGCGAAGGUUCCCCCGGGAAGAAAGGCAAGCGGCGCCCGGGCUUGCCGCCUACGUCGUCUUGGGCGACCGCAUUUAUAGACGAAGACGGUCAGGAGAUCAUCGACUGGCUCAACAUGCCUCCCUUGGAUGGCGAGGAAGGCGAGCUCAUUGACGAUGAGGCCUGUUACAUUGAUGCCACUCGCGUCACGGGCACCGAUAUUAUUAGCCAUCUACCUACGGAGAUUGCGCUCUACGUACUGUCUUUCCUCGACUUACCUGCCGUUCUGUCCUGUCUGCGUGUAUCGAGGACGUGGAAUUGCUUAUCGCAGGACAAUUCGGUAUGGCGCUCAUUGUUUGAACAACGUCGUGUGGAUGGGUGGGCUGUUGACUUGAAGCGUGCACGACACGCACCCUCCACGUCAAGUGGAUCAUUGACAGCGUCAGGAACUUUGGUACCAGCGCCACUUGAGGUCGAUUGGAGCAAAAUCUAUUGGACCAGGACCGAGCUUGAUCGACGGUGGUCUGGCGGGGUGAGGACAGGGAUAAUUGCAGAGCCGAAUCCGGACCAGCCCCUGCCAGAGAGCAUCAAGGCCUUUGAGCCGAAACUGAGACGAAUGAGCGGGCACAUGGAUAGGUCUGUCUCAUUGCCUCCCCUCUUCAAACGUUUGAUUGACUAUAAAAUUACCAUGAUCAGUGUAUAUUGCCUGGAGUUCGAUUCAUCUCGGAUCAUCACUGGAUCGAGAGACCGUACGAUCAAGGUCUGGAGCCUGAAGACGGGAGAGUGUCUCGCCAGCUUCAAGGGUCACCGUGGGAGCGUGCUGUGUCUCAAGUUCGAUCAGGAUUGGGACCUCAACGACGAGGAUGGCGAUGGUGAGCAUCAAUAUAACGAGGAGACUGGCGAGAGGCCGUGGAAGUGGGGCUUCAUGGUGAGCGGCUCGAGCGAUUGUUCAAUAUGCGUGUGGGCAUUGGGCGCGCGCGAGCGAGAGGGUGCUGAGGCAGGAGAGGACAAGGAGGUGACCGCAGAGAUCACCACGAUUUUAAGGGGGCACAGCGGCGGAGUGCUGGACUUGCGAAUCGACUCGCGCUGGAUCGUCAGUUGUUCCAAAGAUGCGCUGAUCCGCGUAUGGGACCGCAAUAAUCUGCGGCUGCACUGCACGUUCCGAGGCCACGAGGGCCCGGUCAACGCGGUGGGCCUGCAGAACAACCAGGUAGUAAGUGCGAGUGGGGACGGCAAGAUGAUGCUGUGGGACAUCUUGUCCGGGGAAUGCGUGAGGACGUUCGAGGGGCACGAUCGGGGGCUGGCUUGCAUCGAGUUCAAGGACGACCUCAUUGUCUCGGGCUCAAACGACUGCAAGAUCAAGGUCUGGUCUGCGUCGACGGGCGCGUGCCUGCGCACGCUCGGCGGGCACGACCUGCUCGUGCGUGCGCUGGCAUUCGAUCCCCCCAGCGGCCGGCUUGUCAGUGCGAGCUAUGACAAGACGGUCAAGGUGUGGGACCUGCGCACCGGGAGGAUGGUGCGCGAGUUCCGCGGCUGCCACGUCAGCCAAAUUUUCGACGUCAAGUUUGACCACGGCCGCAUCGUCAGCACGUCGCACGACCAGCAGAUCGUCGUGCUGGACUUUUCUGAGGGGCUGGAUGUUUCGCUGUUUGUGUAG